AUGGGUAAUGCCCCUCCUGUAGAAGUCCGGCCUCGUAGAGCUGAUAGUGGUUUGGUGUCGGCGUGCUGCCUCGCGCGGAAGGGAAACUUUCGUCACGGCCCCCCGGUGCCCGUCGACAUUGCCCAAGACUGGAAAAGUCUGGCGCGCGAGGAAAGAUAUGGCAAGAAGGUGACGUGGUGCCCCGGGAGGAUGUUGGAGACGAGAUACGAGCUCAUCGAAAGUGGUGAUGAAUGGACAGAGGCGAGAAAAUCCCAAGACGUGGAUUUGUCAGCGGUGGCCCUGGAUACUUUUGAGCGUGCACCACCAGCCCGGCCUGGAGGGCAGUCGGCCUUUGCGUAUCCCCCGGGUCGUACGGAAGAUGAGGAAGAACGCCGGAGGCGUGAAAAAGAGCUGGCGGGCGACGAGGAGCUGGCACGCAACCUGGCGGCCCAGUUGCGCUUGACCUCCCCGGUUGAAACAAUGCCAGAUCGAGCUUCGGAUCCUUUCGGGGAUGAUGACAGGCGACUGCCACGCGUGGGAGACAGAAACCCAGCCGCAUACAGAGGCGAGGCAGACGCAGAUCAGGCUCCAGGGGUGGAGUACCAUGCCAUGGAUUCGGACACUGAAGACGCCUUCUAUGCCGAACCGCCCAAGGCCUUGCCGGAAGUGGGCGCCGUGCGGAACAUGUCCUUCAGCCCCGCCCCGGCGACUGCACGCCAACGCGUGGCAGAGCGCCGAAAAGGACGUAACAGAGGUGAAGCAGAGAAGUCCGAAUCUUCCACGGCCCCGUCCAAUCUCGAGGUUACAAAGCUUGAGCACGAGAUGGGCGAGCCUUCCGAAGCCCCGAAAGCCGAAGACUUCA